UGGCUGUUCCAGAUUCCCUCAGUUAUCUCAGGAAGGAAGCGAUUGGAACUUCAAGAUGAUUUCCCUCACGCUGUCUGUUUGCGCUAUCCUCCUUGUGGCCGCCGCUGUGGUAUCCGGAGACACAGGGUAUCCGAGGCCCGUAGGAUACCACAUCCCCAUCCUGAAGGACGACAGGACCCAGAACGCGUACGGGGAAUACUCCUUCGACUUCGAGACCGGCAACGGCAUCGCCCGCCAGGAGUCCGGCAGCCAAAGCUACGGGCAGGCGGCGCAGGGGGGAUGGACGUACACCUCCCCCGAGGGCCAGCAGGUGGACAUCGUUUUCGUGGCUGACCAGGGGGGAUACCAGCCCCAGGGGGCGGUGCUCCCCGUCGCUCCUCCCCUCCCCUACAUCCGCACUGGCCAUGGUAUCUAAGCACUGUGAUGAUCCUCACCAUCUUCACUUCAUUAUCAUCACCAUCAUCAUCUUCCACUUUACACGGGUCUCUCGCGCGGUUCCCUGAGUACAGUUGCCUUAUUUCUUUUUUCUUUCUUUCCGUUUUCGCUUCUAUCCUUUCCUCAUUUCUUUCUCGGUUUUCUUUGUUCUCUGACGCGCUGCUCUCUCCAUCUAAUUAUUUUGUAUGUUUGUCUGUCUCUCC